UCCAGGCUAAGCUUGAGCCUGAGAUCCUUGUACCUCAGUCUCCCAGAGUGGUGGGCUCCAGGCGUGUGUGCCGCCUUGCCUGGCCCUUUGGCUUUUUGCUGAUGGUGAGGGGAGCUACCAUUCGGAGUAAGGUGGCCAGAGGUACUGGGCUGGGUGUCAGGCUUUGAAGCAGUUCAGUUGUCUUCUGCUUGAUAAGCCCAGAGGGUACUGCCCUGGGGCAGAGCAGCACCUCAGGUAGAGGCGGAGGAAUGAAGCACUCCUUAGGACCUCAACCACCAUUCCUCCCCAGCUCUGGAACUCAGUCCCUCCUUCCCUUUUCUGGGAAGGUCCUGGUCCCAGCCAGAACGUGUGGCCUCAGAGCAAGGCCUGCUCUGGGGGAGGGGUAUUUGCUUGUUGCCAGGCGCCUGGGUUCCGGCCUCUGGCAGUGGCCACAGAUAUGCUGCAGGCAUUGUCCCUACUGUUCUUACUGCUCCUGCUGGCAAAGUCUGCCCCUACCCUUGCCUGGUCACGGCCCCUCUGGUACCAGUUGAAGCUGGACUUACAGCCCUGGGGGUGCGAGCCAAACAGCCUGGAGGCCUGUGGGAGCACCCUAGGCUGUCCUGGUUACUGGAUAGGCCUGGGAGGGAACCACAUCUACCCCAUGGCUGGGGUCGUGAUCACCACCACCCUGAUGCUAGUGAUGGGUCGUCCGAUGCUGCACCGGUGGCGUUCAAAGCACCCACAGGUGACCACCAGUCCCUCUGGACCCUGGGAACGGCGAACACCGAUCUCAGACCGCACUGUGCUCCUCAGGGUCCUUCAUACGCUGGAUGCCCUCCUGCUCCACAUAGAGGGCCAUCUGCAGCACCUAGCCACCCAGCAGUGCAAAUAAAGGAGACUCCCACCCCAUCUGGGUGACCUGACACACAUUUCUCUUUGUCUGAUGG